AGUGCUUGAAUAGAUUGCUUAAGAGCGUGACCUCAGUAACUUUACAAGGGGGGAAUCACAGUGAAUUUCCACGGAGAUAUAACACUCGCCUGUAAUUGACACGCAUCUUUCACUCUCGGAUCUAUUGAGCUCACUGUUCGUGUUGUAAUCGACGGUUCGUGGACUGUGGGAUAUAACAAUUAAGACUCAAGUUACAAUCAAGAUGUGUGAUUUCUUGAGAGAUCAGGAAGCCCCUGUAGCUUUGGAAUCCCGAGGCAUACUUAAGCGUCAAUCAGCAUUUGACAUGCAUGAACCAUUUGAUACUGGACUUGAUGGAUUCCUAUCACAUUUAGAUGAAGAGCAAAGUGUACAAGAGGUUCCAACUGGCAUGUCUGCCUUAUUAAAUGAUGUUGGAACCAAUGAAGUUCCUCUCCUCACACCUGUCAGCAAGGCGGUCAUGAGCCAGGCACUCAAGGAGAGCUUCAGUGGUUUUGUCAAAGAGAGGCGACGCCUUGGCAUCCCAAAAGACCCUCACAUUUGGACUGAGCAGCAUGUUAAUCAAUGGCUACACUGGGCUGUCAAUGAGUUCAGUCUGCAGAAUGUCAAUUUCCAAAAAUUCUACAUGACUGGUCGAGUUCUUUGUGAUCUUGGGAAAGAAUGUUUUCUGGAGCUGGCACCUGACUUCAUUGGAGAUAUUCUCUGGGAACACUUGGAACAGCUAAUGAAAGAUUGCCAGGAAGCAUCACAGCAGAACUAUCUGGGAAACUCUGCUCUUAUCAGUGCAAACUCAAACUGGGUGGAUAAUAAUUCAUUUGAAUUCAACUCCAAUCAACUUCAAUGUGGGAGCCAGGUCUCUGAUUUUACUGGAAGUUUCCUCUCAGAGUUGUGUCAGAUUUCAUCGGAUUUAAGUAACCAGGAUUUUCUAGGCUUGAACCGCAACUUUGCAAUCCCUGCUAACCCACAGUUGAACAACAAUGAGAUGGGCUACUACUCCAUGCCGCAAAAGCAGAUGAAUGACAGCAGCUUGCAUGUGGGCAUGAUUGGCCCUGUUGAGACCAGAACCCAAGGUUCUCUCGAAAGUGUAGACAACUUUGAUGGUACAGACCCCCUGUUGAAAUCUUGGAACAGUCAGUCAUCAUUAUGUGAUGUGCAGCGUGUACCUUCUCAGGACAGUUUUGAAGAUGACUGUAGCCACUCCUUGUGUCCAAACAAACCCAAUAUCUCAUUCAAAGAUUACAUUGAAGAGAGGAAAGAGCCACUGGAACAAGGGAAACCAGUCAUCCCUGCUGCAGUGCUUGCUGGAUUCACAGGAAGUGGACCCAUUCAACUUUGGCAGUUCCUCUUGGAAUUACUGACAGAUAAAUCCUGUCAGACAUUUAUCAGCUGGACAGGGGAUGGAUGGGAGUUUAAACUGACUGACCCUGAUGAAGUUGCUCGUCGAUGGGGCAAGCGCAAGAACAAACCCAAAAUGAAUUAUGAAAAGCUGAGCCGAGGGCUGCGUUAUUACUAUGAUAAGAACAUCAUUCAUAAGACAUCAGGCAAGAGAUAUGUCUACCGCUUUGUCUGUGACCUGCACAACCUGUUGGGAUACACAGCGGAGGAACUUCAUGCAAUGCUUGGAGUGCAGCCAGACACAGAGGAUUGAUACAUUUAUUGCAUCUGCAUGGCUGAAAUUGCUAGCAGUGUGAAUGUGACAGGCACUAGUCAAAUUUCACUCUGAACUGGUCUGGUGUGGUGGGAGACAGAGUGGUUGCAUAAUGAGGAAUGGUACCACAGAGGCAUCUUGCUUUGCCAAAGAUAAAACUGGUGACAAACCUUUUCCUAUACUCUUACUCUUAACUAGUAGAGUUGUGCAGUAUUAACCAGUUAUAUCAGUUUAGUUUAGCAAUGUGGUUUUUUCCUUCUGAUUGUGAAUUGCCAAAUUGUGAAACAAGCUUUUAUUCUUUUAAUUCAAUGAGCUGUAGUUACAAGCCAUCCAGUAUCAGUGAGAACUUGUUUAAUGUGGCAUGGGUAAGGCUGUUAUAGUUUCAGACCAAAGGAGUUGCCAUAAAGUGAGAGGCUGUUACUUGCAUUCACAGCUCACUCCCAGGAUCACAAUGCUGCCCUUUUGUUCUUGAUAUCUUUUGCCUGUGGCCAAUUAAUAUUUCUGUCAUAUGAAACUCUUCAGAUUCCUAUGUUAAGAAUCGGGUUAAUGUGGAUACAAGUUGCUAGAUCCAUACAAGAUAUUCAGGUGCACAAAAAUGUAGCUAGUUUGUAGACUACACUGAAUUUUCAUUCAUUACUUCACUAACUCAAACAGUUGCUCAAAGUCAAUUUCUGAAACAAAUGUGGAAGUAUUAAACUGUGGCUUGGCAACUAUCAGGAAAUAUUUUAUCAACAUUCUGUGUAAGAUUACACUUAAUCUAUUGCCAUAACAGUCAUAUCUGCAGCCUGUAAACCCAAAAGUUUCCACCUGUCUUUUUAUACCUGUUGUUCCAAAUGGUAGUGCUUCUCUAAAAUAGCAGUUUUGCUAGAUGUGUGAUUGUCAUUUUAUAAAAAUCAAAGUUUAAAUAUUGCAAUGUAACUAUACAAGUCUCUGGUAGCUGUGUGACAGGAAACAGCUGCCAAUCUUUGCUGCCAAGGUUGGGGCAUUGUGAAAGGGUACUGCAGAGUUUCAAGGCAUUGAGGUUUACACAACUGCAUGGUUUGCAGAAAGCAGUGAGAAGGCAGCACCAUUCUUAGGAGGAUAUCAUCAAAAACCCUUUUUUGUCUUGUGCAUUCUAAAGUUUGUAAAUAUUUCAUAACAAUAGCUUGCUAAUAGUGAUGCAGCAAAUAUUUUUGAUACCUCUCAGCACUUUGAACAUAUUUUCCAUUAAUUCUGAUUAUUCAAUGGAAAAUAAGAUUAACUUCUAAUUCAUGACCCAGUUAUACACAAGUUGACUCCAGGAGAUAGAUGCUCAUUUAAUGGAACUGGUCUUUAAUUAACAAAAUGAAUGUAAAGUUCCUUUUUAAUGUUAUCCCCUGCAACACCUCAAACCUGUUACAUACUUACAAAAAGCAUCUAUGCAGAAUUUAAACCAUCCAACCUGAGGAUACCAGUUAGCCACUGAAUUGCUUUAAUUUCAAGACAAAACUUUCUGCAUGCUAGUUUACUUUGGGACAGGAUAUAAGGGGAUUAAUCUUUAUACAUAAAUUAUAACCCACCUUGGGGCUGAUGUUGCAGCUGGUUAUCUGCACUGAAUUUCAAAUUUGUUUUAAAUUGAAUGAGCUAGGAAAGUAUUUUGAUACCAUAAGGUUUUCUGAAUGCAGAACAAUGUAUAGUUUUUGUAUAGCAACAUAAAUUUGUAACAUUAAUUAUCACUUAUUUGUAUAAAUGGUUGUGGUUUUGAUAUAUUUUUGAAAUAAAUCCAUUUU